AUGGCUUCUAUCACCAUUAACGCCCCCGGCAAUGGGCUCGUAUACAACACUUUUCUAAACACCCAGCUAUCAACGCCCCGUCUAUGUAUCACAUCAGAAGAAGACGAGUUUGACGCAGAGACUAUUCGCAACUGGCAGAACGAAGGCUUUGAUGUCAGCUAUGUCCCUCUCAAUGAAGGGGGGAAAGAUUAUCUCAAUCGCCUGGAAAACCUGAAAGACGGACUGGGGGUGGGAGAACAGUAUGCAAUCGUCGCCUACGGAGACGCUGCGGCUUUCUGCCUGGACCACUUCCACAAACCUGCCACUGGAGCCAGACUCACGGCACUGGUUGCGUACUAUCCCACCGCCAUCCCCGACACUCGCACCAGGUUUCCUCCAAGCCUAAGGGUGCUGGUGCAUCUGGCAGGCGAGAGUAUUGACAUUGUCUCCACCCCACAAGCACUAGGACUCCAGGGAAGGAAAAGGCGAAUCGUCACGAGAAAGCUCGACCCGGGAGUCGGCGUUGGCGAGCGCAAAGACAUUUCGUAUACCGCGUUCACCUAUGAAUACGUGCAGCCGGGAUUCGCCGAACAUGACAUGGACGAGUAUAAUCACCAGGCUGCGGAAUUGGCGUGGAGCCGGUCGUUGGAUGUGUUGCGAAAGGCCUUUCGCAAGGAGGCGGACUUGGAGCGGCAGUGGGAAAUCAACACAGAAAGCAAGUUUUUCAACGAUAGCUUGGCAGACACAAUGUCGACAUAUGUCACGCACAAAAACGCAGCAGUGACUAUGGGCCCAACGCUCGUCGGUGGCGUAGGCUUGCGGGCACUCCGCCGGUUCUAUGAGGAUGAAUUUCUUAGCACCAAGCCUCCGUCAAUGCGUCUGCGUCUGCUGUCGCGCACGGUCGGAUCUGAUCGGGUGGUUGACGAAAUCUACACGACCUUCGAGCACACGCUCGAAAUGCCAUGGAUGCUCCCCGGCGUUCCAGCGACGGGGAAGCGAGUUGAAAUAAUCCUAAUCGCCAUUGUCGCGCUUAAAGCUGACAAAAUCUUCACUGAACACCUCUACUGGGACCAAGCCAGCGUUCUCAUGCAGGUCGGCCUGCUCGAUCCAAAGUUGAUUCCUCAAGGCGUAAACGGCGUCAAGAGACUCCCCGUCACCGGCAGAGAAUCAGCUCGUCGACUCCUCAACGAACACCCCGCACGAGGACAAGAGUAUCACCAAAGGCUCAUCUCAGACGCAAAGCUCAAAACCAAGCACAAACGGGCGCAGUCCCAAAGCGAGACGCCUGAGCAGCGCAAGAUCCAUACGAAUGGCACAAACGGGGGAUCGUCCAAGACGAAUGGCACAGUCUCUAACAAUGUCUCUGACACCGAGAAAUCGUUCAAUCGGUUAGAAAUCAACAACGGAACGGCCGCUGGCGACGGGAAUGCCGAACCCGAGCACAAAGAUGGCGACGCUGCUCCCUCGGAACGACCUUCGCUGGCUGCACGUGUUGAGUCGGAGAAUUAG